AUGUUAUCUCAGAAUCACUCAGGUGUUCUUCAUAAAUUCAAGGGGAUCCUGUUUUCCACACUGUCUUCAGAAGGACUUCUAAGUUCCCUGGAUUCUUUCGAUGCAAGAGAAGAUGAUGUGUUUCUGGUUUCUUACCCAAAAUCUGGCACUCACUGGAUUGCAGAAGUCAUUGAGAGCAUUCCUAAUGCAAGAAUUACUCUAACAUCUCCUAUUGAAUUGGGAGACAUUUCUAAGUUUGAAGAGCUAAAACUGGUUUGUAAGCGAAGAGUUAUUCCAACACAUUUGAUCUAUGACAUGCUACCAGUGACAAUUAAAACAAAACAGUGCAAGAUUAUCUACAUUGUUAGAAAUCCAAAAGAUACAGCUGUUUCUUUGUACCACUACUACAGAGAUAACCCUAAUCUCCCCUGCAUAGACACGUGGGCUGCGUUUUUAGAGAAAUUCCUAAGAGGAGAUGUUGUAUAUGGAUCCUGGUUUGAUCAUUUGUUAAGCUGGGAAGAGCACAAAAAUGAUAAAAACAUUCUCAUUAUGUUCUAUGAAGAAAUGAAGAAAGAUCUUUCUAAAAGCAUAAAGAAAAUAACUGCUUUCCUUGGUAUAUAUGUGAGUGAGAGUGAAAUUAAUAAAAUUGCUUGGAAAACAUCAUUCAGCGAAAUGAAAAAUAAUGCAGCCAGAGAAGACUCUGAUCAAAAACACACCAUCUGUGCCCUCACUUCUAAUAGGAACCUGGUAUUUAGGAAAGGAGCUGUGGGUGAUUGGAUAAACUACUUUACUUCAAAGCAGAAGAGAGUAUUUGAUGAACUAUUCACAAAGAAAAUGAAACACAGUGAACUGGCAAGAUACUUUGAGGAUUACUCUUAA